UUGUUCCUUUCAUUUGAGACAAACUUCGGUUAAAAUUAGUCACCAAAUGUAAAAUGUUAAAAAACGUAAAAAGCAAAUUUUCCAAACUACAGGUCAGGCUUAAAAAGUUGAUCGGCUUUAUUACUUUUAACCAAAGUCAAAGAUACGGAAAAAGUUAUAUUUAAAUCUGAAGCUAUAUUACGUGAACAUGACCUGUGAUUUGAAGUUAGAGUUUAUUUUUUCAUUUACUGUAAUGAUUUUAAUACAGAUAUCAUAUGCAACAGUACCCAAACCUCGAAAUCCAGAUGCCCAAAAUAAGACGAAAAGUAUCAUUCCAGAAAGUUACAUUAAAGAAAUACGACCGCCUACAAUGGAAGGAAAACCAAUAGAAGUUGACUUCAGUAUAAGGGUCAUGGACAUCAAUUCCAUAAACGUGGAAGACAUGGAUUUUCGUAUGGACAUGUUUCUGAAACAGGAGUGGCAAGACGCCAGAAUCAAAAUACCAGAAGAAAUGUUCGACUAUGGCGACGACUCUGUAACUUUACCUUCACAAUUUUUUGAAAAUUUGUGGCAACCUGAUUUGUACUUUUUAAACUCCAAAGUAGUGGAAAUUGCAACGCUGACUCACAAGUUUUCUUCAGUUACGUUAUUUAAAAACAAAACUAUACGAUAUGCCGCCAGAAUGCACGCUAUAGUUGCUUGCCAAAUGGAGUUUUACCAUUAUCCAAUGGAUACUCAAAUUUGUCCAAUAGCGGUAGAAAGCUUUUCCUACAACGCUAAUAAAAUGUUACUGAAGUGGCAUGGAGCAGGUGUUACCAUCAUUCCAGAACUAAAAUUACUUCAAUAUAAUAUACUUCCUUUAAUUUUAGAAGAAACAUAUGCCUACACAGUGGAAAAAAAUGGAAACUUUUCAAGACUGCUUGUAUAUUUUCGAUUCGAAAGACAAAUAGGCCACCAUCUCAUCCAAACCUUUGCCCCAUCGACUUUGGUGGUAGUACUUUCCUGGUUCAGCUUUUGGUUAGACCUAGAUGCGAUACCAGCCAGAGUAACACUUCUAGUUACUUGUCUACUGACUUUGGUCACUAUGUUUACCGGUUUGAGGUCUGAUAUUCCAGCUGUAGCAUAUGUUAAGGCUUUGGAUCUGUGGAUGGCCGGUUGCAUGAUAUCAGUUUUCGCAGCUCUAGGGGAAUUUGUCAUAGUCAAAGUUUUACAUGGAAAAUUUAAUAUUUUAAAAGCGAAAGAAGCCAAACUUGCCAAAAAGGAUACUAUCAUAGCACAAUGGGCUGCUCCACCGUCACCAAAAUAUGCCCAUACUUUCAGAUAUAAAAAUAUGGCUAAGCACAGGUUUAUUCCUCUUUAUUGGAAAACGGAAGGAGGUAAAGAAAAGAUAAUGUGGAAAGAAAUAGACAGGAUAGCUAGAAUAGUGUUUCCGUCUUUUUUCUUCUUUUUCUCACUUAUGUACUGGACAAUCCUAAUUUUUGGUAGUUCAAUCUAGUAGACGGUAUAUAUAUGAAAAAAAUUUUACUGCUACGUUAGUGCAAAACUAUUUGGCAAUAGUUAAUUUGUGAAGAUUAAAGAAUAUGCAAAUUUU